AAAGAAAACCGCGAGAACAAAAUAAAGAAAAAACUGUCCCUUUGAGCAAAAAAAUAAAAUAAAGACGUGAGCGCGCGCGCGGCCCCGGAGGAGAACGACAUGAUUGAGAUGGAGAACUCGGUACCGUACGAUAACGGCUUCUAUCAGGAAGAGUACAUGUUGCAGGAGGAUGAGUGGGACAGAGACCUUCUGCUGGACCCGGCCUGGGAGAAACAACAGCGCAAGACGUUCACUGCGUGGUGUAACUCCCACCUGCGAAAGGCUGGUACACAGAUCGAGAACAUCGAGGAGGACUUCAGGAAUGGCCUCAAACUCAUGCUCCUGCUUGAAGUUAUCUCAGGUGAGAGAUUACCCAAACCUGACAGAGGGAAAAUGCGAUUUCACAAAAUCGCCAACGUCAACAAAGCUCUCGAGUACAUCACCAGCAAAGGAGUCAAGCUCGUGUCCAUCGGAGCAGAAGAAAUCGUGGACGGGAACGUGAAGAUGACUCUUGGAAUGAUCUGGACCAUCAUCUUGAGAUUCGCCAUUCAGGACAUCUCCGUAGAAGAAACCUCAGCUAAAGAAGGCCUGCUCUUGUGGUGUCAGAGGAAGACAGCUCCAUACAGGAAUGUUAACAUACAGAACUUUCAUGUCAGCUGGAAGGAUGGCCUGGCAUUCUGCGCCCUCAUCCACAGGCACAGGCCCGACCUCAUCGACUACGCCAAGCUCAACAAGGAUGAUCCUCUGGGGAAUCUUAAUUUGGCUUUUGACGUGGCAGAGAAAUACCUGGAUAUUCCUAAAAUGCUGGAUGCAGAGGACAUUGUGAACACCCCAAAACCGGAUGAGAGAGCCAUAAUGACUUAUGUGUCGUGUUUCUACCAUGCUUUUGCUGGAGCUGAACAGGCUGAGACGGCUGCUAACCGGAUCUGUAAAAUUUUGGGGGUGAAUCAGGAGAACGAAAAACUGAUGGAGGAUUAUGAAAGACUGGCCAGUGAGUUGUUGGAGUGGAUUAGGCGUACAACCCCGUGGCUGGAGAACCGCAUGACUGAGAAGUCCGUGGCUCUGAUGCAGCGUAAGCUGGAGGAUUUCCGUGAUUACCGUCGCCUUCACAAGCCUCCCAAAGUACAGGAGAAAUGUCAGCUGGAGAUCAACUUCAACACACUGCAGACCAAACUGCGCAUCAGCAACCGACCUGCCUUCAUGCCCUCUGAGGGGAAGAUGGUGUCGGACAUAGCAAGUGCCUGGCAGGGUCUGGAGCAGGCAGAGAAAGGCUAUGAGGAGUGGCUGCUGACUGAAAUACGCAAACUCUUGCGAGUCGAUCACCUUGCUGAGAAAUUUCGCCAGAAAGCCACCACCCAUGAGACCUGGGCCUCAGGUAAGGAGGAGCUCUUGAUUCAGAAAGACUAUGAAUCUGCUUCACUAAUGGAAGUUCGAGCUAUGCUGAGGAAGCACGAAGCGUUCGAGAGCGAUCUCUCAGCUCACCAGGACAGAGUGGAGCAGAUCGCUGCCAUUGCACAGGAACUCAAUGAGUUGGACUAUCAUGAUGUAGCAGCAGUGAAUCAGAGAUGUCAGAGUAUCUGUGAUGUCUGGGACAAGCUAGGGACUCUGACCCAGAAACGCAGAGAGGCGCUGGAGAGGACUGAGAAGCUUCUAGAGACAGUGGAGCAGCUGUUCCUAGAGUAUGCAAAGAGAUCCGCUCCCUUCAACAACUGGAUGGAGGGAGCCAUGGAGGACCUACAGGACAUGUUCAUAGUACACACUAUUGAGGAAGUCCAGACUCUCAUCACAGCCCAUGAACAAUUUAAAGCCACUCUCCCAGAAGCAGAUGCAGAGCGACAGGCCAUCCUUGGCAUUCAACAGGAAGUGCAGAAGAUCUUCAAUAGUUACGGUAUCCGUGGUGACCUCACCAACCCCUACAGCACCAUCAGCACCGAGGAGAUCAUGAGCAAGUGGGACAAGGUGAAGAAGUUGGUUCCUCAGAGAGAUAGUGCUCUGCAGGAGGAACUAGCACGACAGCAUGCUAACGAGAGACUCCGCCGCCAGUUUGCUGCCCAAGCUAACAUCAUCGGCCCCUGGAUACAAAGCCGGGUGGAGGAGAUUGGCCGAUGCUCCCUGGAACUGGGAGGAACUUUGGAGGAUCAGAUGACACAGUUAAAGCAAUGCGAGCAUGUGAUCGUCAGCUAUAAACACAACAUCGAUAAACUGGAGGGAGACCACCAGCUCAUUCAAGAGUCUCUCAUAUUUGACAACAAACACACCAAUUACACUAUGGAGCAUAUCCGUGUUGGUUGGGAGCUGCUCUUGACCACCAUCGCUCGCACCAUUAAUGAGAUUGAGACUCAGAUUCUGACCCGUGAUGCCAAAGGCAUCAGCCAGGAGCAAAUGAGCGAGUUCCGAUCCUCCUUCAAACAUUUUGAUCGGAAGAAGAAUGGUGCGAUGGACACUGACGAUUUUAGGGCCUGUCUCAUUUCAAUGGGCUAUGACCUGGGAGAGGUGGAGUUUGCACGAAUAAUGCUGCUGGUUGACCCGAAUGGUACCGGAGUGGUAACCUUCCAGUCCUUCAUCGACUUUAUGACCAGGGAGACUGGAGACACGGACACAGCAGAUCAGGUGGUCGCAUCCUUCAGGAUCCUUGCUGCAGACAAGCCAUAUAUCCUGAUAGACGAGUUAAGACGAGAGCUUCCUCAUGACCAGGCUGAGUACUGCAUCUCCAGGAUGCCAUCUUACACUGGACCCGGCUCUGUGCCGGGAGCUCUGGACUACAGCGCCUUCUCCACCGCUCUCUACGGCGAGAGCGACCUUUAAAAUAAUUCUCUCAUACACACACACACACACACACACACACACACACACACACACACACACACACACACACACACAUGAUCUUUGAAGGUAAACAGCACCAAUGCCAUUAAAUAAGGAUAAAUAUUAUUAUAUUUGUAAAGAGAUUGAGCUGGAAUCUUUACCUGAAUUUGGUAUUUGACACAUUAUUAAGGACACAUAAUUUUGGGGAUUAAAAGAAAAAUUUAAUAAUCCUUUAUAGCCAUUGGUGGAAAUAUUGACCACAGUAAUACAUGUUUGGAAUUUACCACACAUACACUGCUAUAGAUCUAAGUUACAUUUGUCUUUGUUUUGUCAAAGUGUGUGUAUGUGGUUCUCUUUCAUCUGAUUUCCAAUAACAUCUUAAACGCAAGCAUCACCUUUAUACAGCUUUGAGAGUAGGCAUGUGUGUGUGGUUUACAUGGGAUUACAAAGUAUAAAUUUUUCAUUUUAUUUUUCAUAAAGUAUAAAAAUCAAACAUGACUAACAUUAAAAAUGGUCUUUUUGAAGCACAUUUGUAACCAGAAGGCCAAUAACAUCACACUAUACUGUUGCAUUAUGAAGAAUCAUUAUGAAGAAUUGAACUCCAUAUUGUCAGUGUGAAAUAAAAUAAAACUUUAAAGAGUGA